AACUCGAUCCAUAUAAAAUGAAACCUAUUCAAACGAGGGAAAUGCAGCCUCUUUGACAGAGGUGUCACAGAAGCCUUAAUGGUUAAGAAGAUGAAGCUUCCUUCAAUCUUCAAGAAGCCAAAAACCAAUGGAUCAUGGAAAUCGUCACUUUUUAAUCACUUCAAAGCCAUUUCAUUCAUAACCAAGCCCAAAAGUUUAAAGAAUUCCAAUUCUGUUUUAUCAGACACUGCCAGGUUUAUUUCAGAGAUGGACUACUCGGGGACUCAGUCAAGACAUUGCUUCCCGGUGCUUAAAGAUUCUGGAGAACUGCUCGAGAUGGCUAGUAAGGCACUGAGAUCAAACAGGCUGUUUUUCGAGCCAGGCAACACUAAUUCGAUAUUAGAGGCAGCCAGUUUUCCCUUCAAGGAUUGUGUAGCACUGGCCUUAGAUUCGGGGGAUCCUUACAUGGAUUUUCGAAUUUCAAUGGAAGAAAUUGUUGAGGCUUGUGAACUGAAAGACCAGGAGCAUCUAGAGGAGUUAUUGGCCUGGUACUUGAAGAUGAAUAGAAAAACGAACCAUGGUUUUAUAGUGGGAGCCUUCAUCGACAUGUUUGCCGCUGUAAAUUCAAGCUCCUCUUCUUGUUUGAUUUCUUUCUCUUCAGCUUCAUCUUCCAGGACAACAUUCUAGUUCUAGCAAGACUAAGAAUGAAAGCGUUCCACCAUGAAUAGAGCUGAGAAGGGAAAAGUAUGCAGAAUAGAGCUCUGGUAUGGUUCCAACAAAGUUCUCUAUGUAUUGAACAUCGCCAAGGACUGUCAUGAUUUUCAUAAUGUAUUGGUCAAACAUUAUUUGCUUAAUCUAUGCCAAGUUCUAUUUAUGAAGAAGAAAAAAUGUCAAGGAGUUCCAUGAGACUAUAUCUAUCCACACGAUCUUACAUGAAUAAUCUUAGUUGGAUAGACUAUAUGUAUUUUAUCCCUUUUUGGUUAUGUUAAUAAAGGAGGACUG